AUGUCUGGUAAGGGAAAAGUGCACGGAGGAAAAGGUAAGUCUGCUGAAUCCGCAAAGAUAUCAACUUCGCAUUCCGCUAGAGCUGGGUUGCAAUUCCCAGUGGGGAGAAUUAAGAGAUAUUUAAAGAAAACUGCUCAGAACAAGAUUCGGGUAGGUUCAAAGUCUGCUAUUUACUUGACGGCUGUGUUAGAAUAUUUAACAGCAGAGGUUUUAGAAUUGGCUGGUAACGCAGCUAAGGAUUUGAAGGUUAAAAGAAUUACGCCAAGGCACUUGCAAUUGGCAAUUCGUGGUGAUGAAGAAUUGGAUACAUUGAUUAAGGCUACUAUUGCCUUUGGUGGUGUUUUGCCUCAUAUCAAUAAGGCCUUAUUAUUGAAGGUGGAGAAGUCCAAGAAGCAGAAAUAG